GUUUAACCAUCCUUGAACAAAAUUCCCUCAAUUUUGAUUUCUCUUUCUUCUUCAGUCUUCACUGCCGCCUCUCUUUCUCAGGUCCAUCAAUGUCGGAAAGAGAGGUUGAAGAAGACUCACAAAUGGCAGCAGAGAAAUCAAGGGCUGUCUUUGUUGAUACCAAUCUUAAUACUCAUCUCAUCGUCCCCAUUUAUUCACAUUCUUCAGUCACCUCUCUCAAACGGCAACUUCGUCGUGAACAUUUCGAGUGCUUUCCGCUGUUAGGGAGGAUUGAAGUCAAUGCUCUUUCGGUGAAAUUGAACGAUAGCCACUACCAUCUUCCAGACUAUAUGCUUCUCAAAACUGUUUUUCAUGGGGUAGCAGAUGCAUGGUUUGUAUUUGCUGAUGUUUGGACACUGGGUAGCUGUUUAGAACCCCAGAAGGAUAUUGAAUGCAAGCCCUUAGAAGCACGUCUGUGGCAUCGAAAUGAAUUACAACUUGCGAACUCAUCUCCUCAGCCUCAUGUGACUCUAGACAUGAGUAGUAGUAAGAAAAAGAAGAAGAAAAAGAAAAGGAAUGACGUGGAAGGGAUUGUGGAGAAUAAUAAUGGUGGUGUGAAAGAGCAAUUGAAGGAAAAAGCAAGAGGCUCGUGUCAAUUGGAUGUCCCAAAAGCUGACAAAGUUAGUGCCACUAAGCAGCUAUAUAAACCGAGUGAAAGUCUUCACUAUACUUCUGUCGUACACCCAUCUUUAAUGCAUUUGAAAGAUGGUGGUGACAACACUGUCAAUUAUUUGCAAAAGGGUACUGGGAUGGUGCAUCAAUUGGAAGGUACUAGCACAAAUUUAGCUGAAGUUCUCAACAAAGAAAGUGGAAUUGACACCUCAUUGCCUAAACCCCGAUUUAAGAGAACCAAGAAAACAAAGAAGUAUAACAUUGAUGUCAAUAAUAGCCCUGCUGCAACUUCUAACCAAGAGCCUGAUAUUCUAGAAAGGGCUGAUGCACCUUCUGGCAAUAAGCAUACCAUCUACAAAGAAGGUAUUAAUAUUGCUGAAGAGGUACCACCGUCACAGCUGAAUAAUGUUUCAGAGCUGUUGUUUCAACAUGAUCCAUUGAAAAUAGACAAGGAAACUGUAGAAGAUGUUGCUCCUUUGAAGUCAGACAAUGCUGCUAAGAAAAGGAAAAGAGACAGAAGCGGACAAGAAAGAACUGCUGAAAAGGUAACACCAUUGCAUCUAAACAAUGUUCCAGGGCUGUUGCUACCUCAAAAGGAGUCGAUGAAUUUAGUUGAUAGAGAAAAGGAAAUUGAGGAAGAUAUUGCUCCUGUGAAAUCAGAGAAUCCUGCGAAGAGAAGAAAAAGAAAUAAAUCCAAGAACUCUGGUACAGAAAAUCAGGAACUGUUAAGCAAAAGGCAAAUUGCUGAUAAAAAAGAACAUGACAUGAGGACUUAUUUACCAGAUGACGCUAGCAGACCUGAAAGGUGUGUGGAAACUAUAAGUGAAACUCCGAAGAAGAGGUCUCGAAACGAGGAAGCUGUUCCUGGAAAGGACCCUCAAGAGGAAAUUCAGAAAUUAGAAGCCCCUGUGACUGUUAUUCAAAGUGACAAACCCAAGAAGCAGAGACAAAAAAAGCAACCUGCUCCUGCAUUGGAUCCUUCCGUGGAUCACCAUUUAGAUGAAAUAACAAUGGAAAUGGAGGCACCAAAAAAAGCUGAUGCUAUAUUGACAACAUGCAAUGCUAUUAUGAAUGAUGAUCUGUUGAAGUCAGACAACACUGCUAAGAAAAGUAAAACAAAUGAAAGUGAACAAGAACACAGAACUGCUGCAAAGGUAUCACAGUCGCAUCUAAAUAUUGCUCCAGACUUUUCUCAAAAUGAGUCAGUCAACUUUGCUGAAAGAGAAAAGGAAAUCGAGGAAGUUGUAUCUCCGUCAAAGUCAGAGCACUCUAGGAAAAAAAAGAAAGAAAGGAGAGAUUCCCAACUGAAAAGGAAAGAAAUUAGUGUGUUGACAGAAUCUAGCAAAAUGCAGAAUGAUAUUGACAAACCCGAAGAGAGUGUAGAAACUGUGAGUAAAUCAUUGAAGAAGAGGUCUUUGAAUGAGGAAGCUAUAUCUAGCAUGGUUCCUCCAGGUUCUUUAUUGAAAGAGCAACCAGAUGCAGAAACUAGGGAAAGGGCUGUCCCCAAAACUGUGAUUGAAAGUGACAAACCCCUUACGAGAAGCCAUAGGAAAAAGCUCUCUGUUUCCGGGAAGGACCUUUCCAGCUUAGCUGGGAAGCAGCAGUCAGCUGAAAAAAAGAUGGAAAUGGAUGCACCAAAAAGUGUGGAAGAGGCUGAUGAUGCAAAAAACCAGAAGAAAGUGAUACAGGGUGAAGUGCAUCAUGAUGAUUCGAGGGAGGUUCCUUCCCUAACAGUUUCCCCUGUAUUAUCAGAAUCCAAGCAUUUGGAAAAGUCACAGACAAGUAAACAGAAGGCAAAAAAAACAUGAUCAACCUUCAGCUGUAGAUAGUUCAUUUAAUGG